CUCUUCGUUGUAGCCUCCAGUUUCUAGGAAACAUUGCAUCAGGAAAUGGAGAUUCCCAAAAUAGCAUUUGGAAGUGUGCUUUCCCAGAUCUCUUCUUGACAUGCCUAACGUACAGUGAUGAGAAGAUUGUUGCCUAUUGUUGUAUGGUCCUGUUCACCUGCCUUAAUUCAGAGAAAGUGAGAGAACUCCUGGAUCCUGGAAACUUGACUGUGGCUCUUCAUGUCCUGAAAGUCUACAAAGAGCAGUUGGACUCUGAGUGGUCGUUCUUGAUUGUUACAGACCAUUUGCUGAAAUGUCCAGAGUUGGUAAAAGCCCUCUAUGCCAAACUGAGCAAUCAAGAAAGAGUUACUUUGUUAGAGCUGAUAAUGGUGAAAGUAAAUGAGAAGAGCCCAGUUCCCAGUGAAGAAAUGAAUGUGUUCAUGAGAAAUGCUGACUUCCUUGCAAGCUGUUUCCAAGAGAAAUGUGAAGCUGUGCUCAAGUUAACUUCUGCAGCAGGUGCAGAAGAUGAGGAAGCACUGGUUACAAUUCGUCUUCUUGAUGUUCUUUGUGAAAUGACAUCGAACAAUGGACAGCUAAAACAUCUACAGGCUUUGCCUGGUUUACUUGAAACAGCCAUAGAUACCCUGAGAUUAACUCAUCUUGCUGGGAAACAGGCUGUAAAUAUUUUCACUGCCACACAUGCUAUGACAGGACAGGAAGAAAUUGCACAUCCAGCUGUGGGUUUUAAAUCUCAUCUCAUUCGUUUGAUUGGAAAUUUGUGUUACAAAAAUAAGGAAAACCAAGACAAGGUUUAUGAGUUAGAUGGCAUUCCCUUGAUCCUGGACAACUGCAGCAUUGAUGACAACAAUCCUUGUAUCCUUUACAAAAGAAUUAGUUUCACAUUCAUCGCUAUUCCUGUACUUGGUGACCAGACAGUGUGUCUCUGGACAGAGAACCAAGUAGCAGAGUUGGGCUUCCAUGGUCCAAUUCGG